AUGGUUAAAUUUGAUUGUCUUGAGAAGCCACUGGCGAAUUGGUUUCGUGAUUAUGGAAAAUUUGUUAGUAAAUAUCCAAGACCAUUUAUUAUAUUACCAAUUUUUUUCACUCUUUUUUGUGCAGUUGGUUUUCUGCAUAUGGAAAUUGCUUCAGAGGCUGUUCAUUUAUACACACCAACUAAUGCUAUUUCAAAAAAUGAACGAGAAAUAUUUCAUAGAUUAUUUCCAUUGAAAAAUGAUAAUUAUAUACCUUCGAGAGCAGUUACAACAACAAGAGAAAUACAGAUAACUUUAACAACAGUUAAUGGUGAAAAUAUUUUAGAUGGUGAAUUUCCAACGUUAGUGGCUAUGUAUCAGAAAAAGAUUGAAAAUGAAAUUUCAAUUGAAUAUGAAGGAAAGAUAUAUGGUUACCAUGAUUUAUGUAUUAAAUUUCGUGAUCAAGGAUGUCCAGGAACACCUCAUGUUCAAUUAAUUUCAUAUCUUUUCCAGCAUGGUUUUAAUAUUUCUUUUCCAACACUUCAAAUAGGUGAUAAUACAGGAUAUAUUGGUUCUACACUUGGUGGGGUAAAAUUAUUUAAAGGACAGGAUGGUAAAGAUUAUCUUUACUCUGCAAAAUCUUGGUUACUUUUGUAUCAUUUAAAAUUUUAUCCUGAAAAUACUUCUUUCUUGUCAGGAUUAUGGGAAUUAAAAUUUCAAGAAGAGAUGUUAAAAUUUAAACCAACUAAUAAAUUGAAACUUUCCGUAUUUCAUUCACAAACAUUGACAGAUGAAAUAAAAAGGAAUGGAAAAAGUUUAAUGCCUAAAUUUGCUUUUGCAUUAGGAUUAUUAGUUGUGUUUGCUGUAUUUUCAUCUUUAUCAUUUAGUAAAUAUGGAUGGUCAGUUGAUUGGACAUUGUCAAAACCUAUACCCGUCUUAAUGGGUGUUUUGAGUGCUGCAAUGGGAAUCAUUACUUCUGUGGGAAUGUUAAGUGGUCUAGGAUUGUUUUAUAAUGAUAUUGUGGGAGUAAUGCCAUUUUUGGUAUUGGCUGUUGGAGUUGACAAUACAUUUUUAAUUUUAUCAGGUGUACGAAGAACAAGUAGAAUGGCUUCUUCUUCUAAUAGGAUAUCAGAAACAUUAUCUGAAGCAGGUGUUUCUAUGUUUAUUACUUCAUCAACUAAUGCUUUGUCUUUCUUUAUUGGAGCAAUUACAACAAUGCCUGCUGUCUAUAUUUUUUGUGUUUAUACUGCUGUUGCAUUAAUUUUUACAUUUAUUUAUGGAAUUACAAUUUAUAUAGCAGUUUUAAGUUUAUUCUUAGAUCUUGAAAGAAAUGGAAAACAUUGUUUAUUUUUUGGACCAAUACGUGAAAUUAAAGAAAAAUCAGAUCUUGAUGAUGCAACACUUGUUCAAAAAUUAUUUUUUAUGGGAUCACCAAAUAUAGCUAAUAUUACCCCAAGAAGUGAAUUUUCAUGUCAAUCUUGUUUUACUGUAUUUUUCCAUAAAUAUUUUGGACCAAUUUUGACUAAUACUUAUGUCCGUAUAUUUGCAUUAAUUUUAUAUAUAGGAUACAUUUAUAUUAGUAUUUAUGGUUGUCUUGAUAUUAAAGAAGGAUUAGAACCAGUUAAUUUACUUGUUAAAGAUUCUUAUGCUGUUCCUCAUUAUAAAACAUAUGAAAAUAAUUUUUUAAAAUAUGGACAAAUUGUUCAAAUUGCUAUAGUAAAUCCUCCUGAUUUACGUAUUAAAAGAAAUAGAGAUGAAAUUAGAAAAAUUGCUAGAGAAUUUGCAAAUUCUAGGUAUGGUGCAGGAAAUGUUUCAAUUCAACUAUGGAUGGAUGAAGUUGAAUAUUUUUUAAAUAGUGAAAUAGACAAGAAAGAGUACAAUGAUGAUCUUUAUUAUAUAUAUACAAUGAAUCAUUUCUUAAGUCAUCCAACAAGUCGUUUUUCUGAAGAUAUUCGUUGGGUGGCAGAUUCUAAGGAUGGUAUGACAAUUGAUUCAUUUAGAUUUUUAGUUGGUAUGAAAGAUAUUUCAACGACAACUGAACAAACUAAGGCAACUGCAUCAAUGAGAAAAAUAGCAUCUAAAUAUUCACAGUAUAAUGUUACAACAUUUAUGCCAUUAUGGUUAUUUACUGAUCAAUUUGCUUUAGUUAUUCCAAAUACAGUUCAAAAUAUAGUAAUUGCCCUUAUCUGUAUGAUAUUAAUCGCAGUUUCUUUGAUUCCUGAACCAGUUUGUUCAAUUUUUGUGGCAUUUUCAAUUGCAUCAGUUGAUGUUGGAGUUAUAGGAUUUAUGACAUUAUGGGGAGUUAAUUUAGAUGUUAUAUCUAUGAUAACAAUUAUUAUGUCUAUUGGUUUUUCUGUAGAUUAUUCUGCUCAUCUUACAUAUGGAUAUGUUAGGUCGAGAAAAGUUGGUUCAUCACAAAAGAUGAUUGAAACAGUAACAGCAUUAGGAUUACCUUUACUUCAAGGUGCUGUUUCAACAAUCUUAGCAGUAGUAACAUUGGCUGAUACACCAGCAUAUAUGGUUCAAACUUUUUUUAAAACCGUUUUUCUAGCUAUAAUAUUCGGUUUAUUACAUGGAUUAGUAUUUCUUCCAAUAGCAUUAUCUAUAUUUGUCAAACCAUGGUGUUUGACAAAAAAUAGUGUUCAAGACACGACAAUUCCAAUUCAAGAAAAAAGUGUAAAACAGGAGACUUUUACAAUAUAUCCAGUACGUAAUGAUAAUGAAUCAGCAAUUUGA